AUGUCAUAUAGUAUAAGAAAAAAUAAAGAAAAUUCACCAGUAAAGAUUAUAAAUAGACUUUCUCAAUAUCCACAAUCUCAAGGUCUAGUUAAAUGCGCUAAUAGAAUUUUACAACAAAAAUUAGGAAAAUCUAAACUGCGUGAUAAUUGUACAUUAGUUGAUAAUUUAUUUGAAAAUAGUAUUCAUGAUGAAGAAAAUAUUCCAGAUACUAUACAAAUAUUUGAUAAUUAUAUUGAAAAUUUAGAUAAUGAUAUAUUAUUUGAACAAGAUUUUCAUCAUCGCGUUAUCGAUCCUAUUCUUCUCGAUAUUAUAAAUGAAAUUACAAUACCAGACACAAUUACAGGACAUGAAAUUUUGAGAAGAACUGCUCGUCAAGUUGGAUCAAAGUUUGGAAUAAUUGAAGUCUGUUAUUCUGCUGGUGGGUUAGAACCACUUGGAACAACAUUUUUUCCUGAACUAGAAAAUAUUCCUUCUAAAAAAAUAUCAAUAAGAGAAGCUUUACGGCUUCAAGCGUUGGAUCAAUAUCAGGGGGUUUAUGUAACUGUAAAAGUGAUUGUAAUAAUAACAAAUGUCGUUGCAAAAAAUUGGAUGAAAAAUGUAGAAGUAGAUGUUAUAGCGGACGUUCAUGUCAAAACAAAGAUCAGGAUUGAAAAAUAA